UAAUACCUUAGCAACUCUGAGCGACCUAGACGACGGAAGGGAAUUGUGGUCAAACAAGUCACUAUUUCCGAUUAUAGUCGCUACCUGUGAUAAAAAAAUUACCCGUGUGUGGGGGGAUAUACUAUAGAUAAGGUAAAAUGACAACCAUAGCUUUCGGAGGGGGCCCUAGUUUAGACCAGAGGCGCUCAUUCGCAGCCCUAAGAGAUGGAACUCACGUACCAGGCUACCGAGGAUAUUGUCCCCAGAUAAAAUACAGAGUAGGGAAAACAUAUGGUACAGAUACCCAUGAAUUGUCCCAGGAUACUAUCCACUUGGAACCUGCUUCCAUUUUAUCUGAAGUACCCACUACCAAGUCAACCACUAGAAACAGACUGCCAGAAUCGACAGGAGACAAUAAAUACACUGAAAAAAUGGUUCCCGGGUACACAGGAUACAUUCCUCGAAUGCCAUUCAAGUUUGGAAACACCUACAAAGAAGACUGUGACUCAUGUAUAGAUGAUUACCUCACUAAUAGGAACUUUUAUGACACAAAGGCUAAUGACUUGAAGAGACAAGUGGCCAGCUGUCCGCGCCUCACCCCCAUCUCCCAGGACCCCGAGGUCAGGGACAAGCUCAAUCUGUACAGAGACACCCACCCAAGCAGACCUAUCCUUGUUGAGGACCGACGAGCUUUGACUGAGCCACCAGUACCCGGCUACUGUGGCUACAUCCCCAGAAUCAAGACUACCGAGCAGGGACUGGGAGCCCGCUAUCACAUGUCCACUAAGAACGGACUAGAACUUUUUGCUCAAGAGACUGCUUCAGCUUCUCAGAGGUUAACAGGCCAAGUGCCAGCCUCCUUAGACAGUGUUCCUGAGCGAGUUUUCCAGGGAACGAAAUCCGCUUCAACCCGUCGUUUGUACCUUACUGACGGAAUGAUUCCCAAGUACACUGGAUAUGUUCCACAGAGAAGAUAUGCCUUUGGCAACACCUAUGGUGACACCACAAGAGGGUUGGAGGUUUGCGGACAUCCAAAUGGAUCAUACGGAACAUUCAUCCGAUCGAAAACCUUUGCUAACUAAAGCAGCAUUAUACAAUCCGAUAUCAAAAUCAGAGGACAAGCGUGAUGGACCAAAUACUCUGUGCCAAGAAGACAGUAUAAAACCUGCUGAGAAAUGAUGUUCCAUCUAUAAAAAUAUUCAAAUUUUUAUGUAUACAAAAUUCUAUAUAUUUUUUUUUAAUGUGCCUUCUCAAAUGAGAGCCUUUUCUUUUUAUCUCUUCCACUUGCCUUCUCUAUUUAUUUCCCCCUCUCUUUUAUCAUUUUUCUUGUUUAUAUUGGUGUUUGUUAUCUGACAACUCUUGCCUUUUUAAUACCACUUCUUUUCAAAUUUUUUGGGUUUGGAGAUGAAAAGAAGUGUCGUAGAGUAUUAGGUAUGCCUGUUAGUGAAUUUUGUGCUCAGUUACCCUACUUUAAAAAAAAAAGAGAAAUGUUGACUAUUUUAACCCAGUAUUUUUGUAAUAAGUCCAUGUGAUAUUUUUAUUUAUCCCCUUUUGUUGACUGUGUUACUUGUAUAUAUGUAUAUGUAUGUUAUAUUAUAUUCACUGUUGACUGUCACACAAACAUAGUAGUGUUUAUCAUCUCCGUCCCCCGACUGUCGGAAAUCAUGACUUUGUGAAGUUCUUAAUACUGGAUUCUUGUGUGUUUAUAAUUGCAUAAUGAAAAGGAAGUUGACUUGUUGACAUCAUUUUUUUUU